AAAGUUUGGAACGCAUUCAAACUUUCUAAAUGUCAGUUACAAAAGGCCUCGAAACUUUCAGAUUUCUCGUUUUUCUAGUUUUCUAAAAUAAAAGUCUGCUUUUAACGAACUUAAUUAUUAUUUUCCAUCAAUGUCUUCAUUGUGUUGAUCGAUAGAAAACCGAAAUGAGUUUGUUUUAGUGAGAAAAAAAGUUUGUGAAGUUAUUGUGAUGGUGCCUCAGCAACAACGGAGAAGACGUCGCCGUGCGGCUCUGGCUCGCACAGCUGAGCGGCGUGUUGUUGUCGCGCGUGGAGCUGGGGGCUUCGGCUUCACGAUAGCGGGGCAGCGACCCUGCGUGGUGUCAGCUGUGGCUGCUGGGGGGCCGGCGGAGCGCGCUGGUCUACGCGCAGGGGAUGCGCUGUUGGCUGUGGACGGGGCGAGUGUGGCUAGAGCUCCACAUGCAUCUGUGGCUCGUAUGGUGGCUGCUGCACCUGGAGCUAUAGCUCUGUCGGUGUCUCCUCGUGAGGCACCGCCUACCGACACUGAGGAUACGGAGCCGGAUGAACGUGCGAGGACUAGGAGGCGACAUCCUCCGCCCAGACGUAGGCCUCAAGCCAUGCUGCACCAUCCAGGUUGUCACGCAGCACCGAGUACGUCAGGCGUUAACGAAAUACUUCAGAACCUGAGCAGGGCCCAACUGACGCCGAACCACGCAGCCAGGCUUGAGUGCCGCGCCGUCGUCGGCUACCUCGGCACCAUAGAAACACCACAAGCUGCUCCUAAUGCCGCCCCUGGAAAUGUACGAACAGCAGUGAGGAAACUUCGACAAGAGAGGCGUCCGGCCGCCCCUGUACUACUGUCAGUCCUUCCAAACUCAUUAGUUCUCCGUCGCCCAAAUGGCCAAGUCUUAGCACAAUAUCAACGUGAGAGAAUAGUGUAUGCGGGAUGUGGAUCUGACGCUGAUAGAAGGUACUUCGGCCUCGUGACGUCAGCUGAAACUGCUGAGGCCGAAGCCUCACACAGUUGCCAUGUGUUCGCGGUGGACCCCAGAAUGGCAGAACACGAGGCCCAUGCGGCCAGAGCUAGAGAAUUCCAAAUCGUGUGCACAAGGGACCCAGUGGCCGAAAGGUGUUUGGAGUUCCCACCAUCGGCAGAGUAUGUUAUUGGCGUUAUCAGAGGCAUGUACUCUUUACCAGCAGAGGAUUGCGCUAGCCCUAAUCUGCAGCAGAUCUCCAAACUAACGAUAAAAGGAGAUAGUCCUGCGUUAGGUAACUUUUCGCGGUGUAAUAGACCUGUGUUCCGCGUGCCUCGAGACAGACGGCCGUGUAGACACGAGGAGAGAGUUGAAGCGCAAGAUUUCGUCGCUAACUCUCCGCAGCCGAGCAACCACAGUGAAGUGACUACUACAUCAAGUAACAGUGACUCUGGUAUUGGCUUCCAUAACGACUGUCGGAACAUCGCAGAUAGAAUCUUAGUGGUUGAUUUUGCUGGACAACAACCCGCACCGAACAGGUUUCGCCAAGACAUGCCGCGACGACCUCUCGGGCUUGUCGGUUGUAGUAGCUUCGAAGCUGAUGGAUCCUUCCUGUCAAACACGACCCCUGUUGUAGACGGCUUCGGAGGGCAAGGGAGGCCUUUGAACUUGGACGACGUAAUCCUCAACGCGAAUGACCUUCAAACCGUCCGUCACGUAAGCCCGCGGAACGAAGAUGACAACUAUAACUACAACAAUCUAUACGGGAAUAUACCUUCCAGUUCUCGAGGAAACCCCGGCUAUGUGAAUGGAGCGGUGUAUGAUCAGGUGUACACUGAGACGGAAGGGCACCAUUACGAGUUCAUACCACCACAAUUAGACAUGGACUUGGAGAUAGAUAGAGUGGCAGAAACGUUUAAUUCGGUGGAGAUUUAUGAGGAGAGGCCUCGUCAGCCUCCAGAGUGGCAGUCGACGGAGUCAGUGGAGAAUGAGACGGUGAUAUCUGGUGGGACCAGUAAAGCUAGUAUGGAUACUGUGUCCAUGUACUCCUCCAGGUCUCAUGAGGAAGCCAGACCCUCGCGCAGGAGACACAUGCAAGCGUCCCUUGAUGAUAUGCUCGUGUUGGGACUAAGAGAUCCACCUCCAGUGAGAGACAAACAUGAUGAUAAUUUUGUUCAUCCAGCUAGUAUCAAAUUUAAGGUACGCAAAUCCAUGAAGCCUUUAAAUAUAAUAUCGAAGACGAAGAACAUACUGUCAGGCAAGGAUAAGGAGCGAGAGAAGGAGGAGCGACGCCGGGCGCUGAGCGCUAGCGCCGGUGACGUCUGUGGAGCCAGUCGACAGCCUGACAUACUGCCUGCUGCUAAUAGCGAGCCCGAUUUGAGGGGACAGAGCGAGCAAUCCUCGCCAUUCCGUCGCUGGACUACGGGCAGCGGCGCAGGCAGCUCCUACCGUCACCACGAACACCGCAACAUGUAUAACAAGCAAAUGAGCGAGGGCUCAGCGCCAGUGGCGACGACAAACGGCGGCGGCUCCAACGUGUCGCGCUGGUCUCUGGGGCUGGAACACCUGCUGGCAGACCCUGCAGGCUUCGAAGCCUUCGCCCACUUCCUCGCCAAGGAGUUCGCCGCAGAAAACAUACGUUUCUGGUGGUCAUGUGAGCAGUACAGUGCUAUAUCGGAGCCGGAACGUCGCGGUGCACUGGCAGCUGAGAUCUGGCAGCGCCACCUGGCGGACAAGGCGCCGGAGCCCGUCAACGUGGACGCCGCCGCCCGCCGCGCCGCCAAACUCAUGAUGGAGACCCAUCCACCACCAGCCGAGCUCUUCCAACAGGCUCAGAAGCAGAUAUUCAACGUGAUGAAGUUUGACAGCUACCCUCGGUUCCUCCGCUCCGGUAUACACGCGGAGUGCGCACGCGCAGACCUGCGGGGACUGCCGCAACCUUACGCCCCCGCCAGGGAUAAUAAUGCUGAACCUACUAAGUUAAAGAAGUCAGACAGCAACGCAUCCGAGCGGCGCCGUAGCGGCGGCGGGUCGCUCCUGCCGUGGAAGCUGCGCGCCGGCCGCGAGCGGGCCAACUCCACGCAGCAUGCCGAGCCACCGCCCGUCACUGAUGUGGUGAAAUCAAGUCAAUCAGUUCCCGGGCAGAGCUUGUUAUGCCGCGUGGUACUACCAGAUGGCGCCACCUCCGUGGUGGGAGUGGACGACUCCUUGACUGUACGAAGACUAGUAGACCGACUACUGCAGAGGAGGAACCUGCCCUGUGCCAACUAUGAUGUACUGCUUAAAGAUGCUAGUCAGGGUACGUCAACGACAGUAGACCUAUCAUCUCCGUCGAGCGUGCUGGGCGGUCGCGAGGCGGUGGUGGAGCGUCGCGUGGUGGUCCGCCUAGAAGUGGGGUCGCGGGGGGUGGCGGUGCGCUGCGGGCCCGCGCGCCGUCUGAGGCACGUGCUGCGCCCCGUGCUCGCCAAGUACGCCGCGCCGCACCCCGCGCGCGCCGUGCUCAGGGACGGACGCGUACUGCAUCCUGAUACACUCAUGCAGGAACUGGACGGCUCUCGUCUCCAAAUAGUGGAAGUAUCAGAGAACGGCGAGUACCGAGCUACUACAGCAGAGCCGCGCGACGUCGACGACGACACCGACUCGCUCAGCGACCUCGCCGUCCGCCUGCAGGACGACGCCAUGCGGCAACCUGAUGAAAUCAGUGUUGGCACGGCCAGUGGCAGUAGUCGCGGCAGUGGUGGCGCCACCGGGCGGGUGCGGGCGGCACUGCGGCCCGGACCCCCGCUACAUCAUCACCCACCUGAUUUCCUCGAGAAUCUCCGAGAGACACAGCGGCAGAGGCUACAGAAUAAAGGCUCAGUGUCCCCGCCAGUGUCUCCGGGCCCGACACCCCGCCCCCCACCGCCGCUGCCCCCCAAGCCGACCCAGCGUGCCCCCCCUACCGUCGUCUGAACGCACCCCUCGCCCACACCGGCGCAUGAUCACACACGACUUCUACAAGUCACAACUUCGGGACCGAAGUAGCCGACCCACUGCUCACAAGACGGACGGAAUCCGUCGGUAACUCAGUUUCUGACACAACUGAGGUUGAUGAGCCAUGUCGGCCUCCUGCCUGGACUCCAAGUCAAGGAUUGUCGAUAUAUUCGAACACAACAAACAUUCUGAGUUAACAUAUCUCUGUAACUAUAGUAAGAAGCUUUACACGGACGGGAAUGUUCAAGGGAUUGUGUAAAUAUAGCUGUUAGCGAGCUAAUUCAGUAAAUCUCAUUAUUUAUUUAAUGUACAAAGAUUUUGCCAUUGGAUGAUCCUAAAGACAUAUAUGGUGUAGCGGCGAUUUACAUUGAAAUAUAAGUUUAUCUGAACAUCUAAUAAUGCGAGAAUAGCGAAAGACAUAAUCGUAAAACCAAAGUGUUUCUGUAACUUAUAUUGUAAUGUAAACGCCUGUACGAAGCAAAGAUCACGUAAAUGUAGCUAUAAUAAUGUACAUUAACAUUAUUCGUAUUAAUUUUGGUGCCUUCCAUAGAUAUAAGACUGCACUAACCUACGAUGGAUGGGAACACUGGAAAAUGACUCUUUUACACAACAAGAGCAUUUUAAUAUAUCAUUAGUUCAUUGUAAAUAAAAAAAUGUAAAGAAAUUGUUAAAAAAUAUAUAUUUUAUAUUGAUAUUCAUGAAUGAAUUGUAUGAAAUAAUUAUUAGACUGAAUGAAUGAACAAAAAAAUAUAAUUUAAAUUCAUGAUUAGUUCAAAACAUGACUUUUAAAUCUCGUAUUUGGAAUCUGUUACCCAUUUUAUGAAUGUAUAAGAAUUUUGCAUUUAGCCCCAAAACCCAGUGAUUUGUACGUCGAAUCAAUAAAAAUGGCAGUUAAUUUUCAUGUUCAUAAAUAACUUUGUAUGUAAAGACUAUUUUACCUGGCAAUAGUUAACAAGACAGGAAAUAUUUUAAUGUACACAAAAAUUUGUGAUGUUUUAUAAUUAUCUUAGAGCUGAAUGUCCAAAGUCAGAGAGAUAUAGUAACAUUUUUAUUCAGCGAAUGUCACCUAAAUAUUUCUUGUCUUUAUAACUUUGUCAAGUUUAAAAUCAGUUUGAUAUUCCUACUAACAGAAAAGUUUGCCCAAUAGUCAAGUAAAUAAUUUAUUUAGAAUAACGCGAUGUUUCGCUGAGAAUAGAUUUUAUUGAAAUAAAAUGAUUAUUGAUAAA